AUGACGGUGGCCAUUUUGCAGCUUGGAAAAAGCAUGCGAAGAACAGCUGCCAUUUCAAGUGCCCAGCAACUGAAGGUGAUCGCGGAGGGGACUGCUGAGCUAAGGAGCGCCUGGCUGCAAGACUGGGGAUUCCUCCCUACAGCUCAGUGCACAGGGGCCCCUCAGGCCUCGCUCUCCUCAUCUACAGAAAUGGCAGCCAUAAUCUCAGAAGCCAUAAAGCAAGACAUUGCUGCUGGACUUCAGCAGCGUCCUCCUCCUGCACCAUCUCACAGUCACAGGACUUCUACACAGACUCAGGCGGCUGAGCCGGCUACCACCAAUCGCCCCAGCACUCCGUUCACCGAACCUACAGUGGAAAAGGAGAUUAUUCCUUCUCCUAAAAUCUUCAUGAAUGUCAUCCAAAAGCAGUGGGACUCCCCUGGCACAGGUCCACAACCGACCAACCUAGACAAACGCCUCUACAACAUCGCUCCGGAACUCACCAAAUUUCUCGAGACUCCUCCAUUGGACGCGCUGGUUGCAGCCUUGUCUUCACCUACAGUGAUCUCUGGAGCCCCUGAAGAAGUCCUCAAGCCUGAGGAGAAAAGACAAGGAUCUAAUCAGGACAGAUCUAACCGAAACGCCCAGUGUUUUCCCCCAAAGAAGUCUUACCGAGGGGGAGGUCACGACAAAAGUGACUAUCUGGACUCUCUUCCAAUCGGGGGCUGCCUAGCGUUUUUCACCCACCGCAGGGAGGAGACCACAACAGACAAUUGGGUAAUCAAAACGAUCAAAUUCGGUCUUAUGCUGGAAUUCCUCUCCCCCCACCCCCCACCCCCCUCGGAACACUUUGUACCAUGUCCUGUAUCUCAGUGCCCUCGCAAGAGGCUUCUGAUGGAGCAGGCCAUUCAGCAAGUGCUGGAGAUUCGGGCCAUCCAACCGGUUCCCCCUCAACAGAAGGAUCAGGGCUUUUAUUCCCGCCUCUUUGUGGUACCAAAGGCUUCUGGGGGAUGCAGAGCAAUCCUGGAUCUAAAGUCAUUGAACCGCCACAUUGCUUACCGGCGGUUCACUCCCUAUACACCAUCCUAUACACCAUAUUAUUGUUGUAUUUCUGUGUUUUUAAUUAUUACGUGGGGACUGCNCAUGAUACUUGGAACGCUGACAGGUAGUUCGAAAGAUGUUGGAACAGGAGGCAGAACUCUUACUUUUGGUGCCCAAUUGGCCGUGCCGACCUUGGUUUGCCGACCUAGUGACACUGUCGAUCUCCCUUCCAUGGCACAUUCCACGGUCACUAAUCUCUCUACACCAGGGGUCAGUUCUCCACCCCGACCCCCAGUGGCUACAAUUAACCGCAUGGCUAUUGAGCGGCAAGCCUUAACAGCUGAUAACAUCUCUCUCAACUUCAUUGCUACUAUUCAGGCAUCACGCAAAAGUUCAACAAACCGUCCCACAGAACAUUACAGCCCAUUCGACCCGAAGUGCAGCAACUAUGGCAGCUUGGUCUACGCAGGCUACUUUGGAAGAAGUUUGCCGAACAGCCAAGUGGACGUCUCCCACGGUUUCAUACGCCACUACAAAUUAGACAAUUAUGGGGCCUACCCAACUCCACCCACACAAGGUUAUUCUCAACAAACUAGCCAGCCUUAUGGACAGCAGAGUUAUGGUGGCUAUGGGCAAUCAGCAGAUACUUCUGGAUAUGGCCAAAGUAGUUAUGGCUCAUCUUAUGGCCAGACACAGGCCUCUGGAUAUGGCACUCAGUCCACACCACAAGCUUACAGCUCAUCCACAGCAUAUGGCACUAGUCAGACUUCACAGUCAUCCUACGGACAGCAGUCAUCUUAUCCCAGCUACUCUCAGAAGCCAACCAGCACUGGAAGUUAUGGCACCAGUUCCCAAACUUCCAGUUAUGGGCAACCCCAAAGUGGAGGUUAUGGCCAACAGUCAAGCUAUGCCAGCCAGCAACAAAGCUCCUAUGGGCAGCAACCUUCCUACAACCCACCUCAGACCUAUGGCCAGCAGAGUCAAUACGGCAGCAGCAGCAGUGGAGGAGGAGGAGGUGGCGGCGGUUCUGGUGGCUAUGGCCAGGAUCAAUCCUCCAUGAGUGGAAGUGGUAGUGGAGGUGGCUAUGGCAGCCAGGAUCAAGGUGGAUAUGGGGGUCAACAGGAUCGCAACCGUGGCAGAGGCAGCGGAGGAGGAGGAGGAGGCGGAUAUGGUAGAGGUGGCUUUGAUCGGAGUGGUGGUAGAGGUGGCAACAGAGGUGGCCGUGGAGGUGGCAUGGGAAUUCUCAGCAACAGUCAAGCUGGCUGGAAUAUUGACCUCAACAGGAUUACGGACCAAGGCUCACAUCAUGAUUCUGCUAGUGAGCAGGAUAAUUCUGACAAUAACACCAUCUUUGUCCAAGGACUUGGUGAAAAUGUAACCAUUGAGUCGGUUUCAGAAUACUUUAAGCAGAUUGGUCUCAUCAAGAUGAACAAGAAAACUGGGCAGCCUAUGAUUAAUCUGUAUACAGACCGUGAGACAGGAAAACUGAAAGGAGAAGCCACAGUUUCUUUUGAUGAUCCCCCAUCUGCAAAAGCUGCCAUUGAUUGGUUUGAUGGUAUGUCGCUGAUUUGGAACAGCAUUUUUAUUGCUGGGAAUUUGUGUUUAAAGAAUGGCUUUCUUACUUCCCAUGAUGUCUACUGUAGGACAUGUGAGAACAUGAAUUUUUCAUGGCGCAAUGAAUGCAAUCAGUGCAAAGCACCCAAACCAGAUGGGCCUGGGGGACCACGUAUGGGAGGCGGAUUUGGUGAAGAACGACGGGGAGGCUUUGACAGAGGUGCUUUCCGUGGAGGUCGAGGUGGAUUUCGCAGUGGAAGAGGAGGAGACAGAGGCAACUUUGGACCAGGAAAAAUGGACUCAAGAGGGGACCACAGACAAGACCGCCGUGAGAGACCUUAUUGAGCCAAUAUAAGAUCCCGGACCAUGUCAAUUUAUAAACUCUUAUUUUGUAUGAUGUCUAACUUCAUUGCAAAUUGUGUACCCCAUGUUGAGUUUGUGUACAGACUUUAUAUGCCUGUCUUAUUUUUUUGUUGACUGUACUUGGAGUAAUCUCAAAUUACAAAAAUAUAUUUUAGUUGUGUGCUUGUAAUUGCAAGGAGGGGGUGGACAUAGAGUUGAAUAAUAAAGAUUUUUUCAAUCAAUUCUCAAAA